AUGAAGUUUGUUAUUAUUCCCCUCACCGAAGACGACGUUUCUGGUUGUGACUGUUUCGCACCUACCCAUAGCUUUAAGGCAAAUUGGUGUCUUGACUUGUACGGGUACCUUAGCGCCGACGAAUUUCAAAAGCAACUGAAAACGAUCAAUGACUAUAUCAAAGCUUACCCUUUGCUGAGUACAAAAUCAAAGAAAAUACUCUCGUACAUUUUCGGAGGACUGUACGGGUUUACUCUCCUCACCCUCGUGUUGAUUACGUUCACUGCGUCGUUUCAAGGAAGCAGCGUAUCGAGUCUUCGUCUUGCCUGUGUCGUCCUCCAUCUCUUGGCUGGCAUUGCGUUUUUGGCGGGGCGAAAAAUAGCCGACAACGUGGCAAAGAAUCGUGCCAACGCAUUCAAACAGGCCAUGCAACCUCUGCUCGAUAAAAUCAAUCUGGCGGCAUACCCAACCGCUAAUUGGAAACUCGUAUGGCGUGACGUUCUCACUCAUUACAGCGUAAAUAUAGAGUCUAACGGUAAAGGAAAGGCUACACCGAAAUACGCUGAACAUGCAGAGUUGGUAAUUGAAAUUCAUGACGGACUGUCUGCUCGUACCGCUCACACGAUUCAUGUAAAUAUUCCUACUGCAGUUUCUACAAAACAACUUUCUCAGAUGGCUACUUUGUCAUGA